AUGGAACUAUCCAGAGAACUGGACGAAAUUGACCAAGAACUCAAGCAAAUUGAGACACAAAUCGAAACUUUGCUAGAGAGGCAACAAUUUCUCCAGUCUCAAAAAGAGUUAAUUCAGUCGCAAAUUUGCAGUCAGCUGGUCCCUCGCGAACCUAGUUGUUCACAGAAAAAAGAAAAUAAUAUAGAAUGGUCAGCAAAGAAUUUCUCUUGGUCGGAAAAUGUGGAAGCUGCUCGAAAAAACACUUUUAAGAUCAAAUCUUUCCGUCCUCUACAGUUGGAAUGUAUAAACGCAACAAUGUCGGGCUCGGAUUGUAUUUUAAUAAUGCCCACCGGUGGAGGGAAAAGCUUAUGCUUUCAGUUGCCAGCUGUGAUUUCGAAGGGGAUCACUCUGGUUGUUUCACCGCUGAUUUCUUUGAUGGAGGAUCAGCUCAUGGCUCUAAAGGAACUGAAAAUUGAUAGUACGUUCUUGAACUCUACUUGCUCCAAAGAGGAGGUCAAUGCAGUACAACACGCUAUGGUAGACAAGAAAUCCGGUUUGAAAUUAUUGUAUGUAACACCAGAAAAGAUUGCCAAAAGCAAGAGGUUUAUGGCUAAACUAGAGAAAACAUAUGAAGGUGCACAAAUUCACAUAUCAAAGUUAAUGAAUUGCAAUGUUAAUAAAGUCUGAGCUGGAAUAUGUAGUUCUAAAGAAACUCCUUAUUUUCUUUAAGGUGGCAGACUAUCACGAAUCGUGAUCGAUGAAGUACAUUGCACAAGUCAGUGGGGCCAUGAUUUCCGUCCUGAUUAUAAAAUCCUAGGGAUUCUGAAGCGUCAGUUCCCUGGGGUUCCAAUUCUGGGUCUCACAGCAACAGCAACAUCAAAAGUUGUUGAUGAUGUUAAGAAGAUUCUUGGCCUUCAGCAAAACUGUGUAUUUUUCAAAGCCUCCUUCAAUAGACCCAACUUAUUCUAUGAGGUUAAAAUCAUCUUAUUACUUUCUAAUUUAAGCUGAGUUAUUAAUUUUAGACAUUUUAUUCAAUUUUAUUAAAAUGACUGCAUCAUGUAUUGUGUUAGUAAACAGGGUUCGUAUUGACUAUGGAAAAACCAGAAAACAACUGAGUAUGCUAUUUGCAACAGAGUGUUGUAUUACUGAAUCAAAUAAAUCAGAAUGGGUAAUCAGAUUAAUCCUCUAACACCCAUGGGUGACCUAGACAGAAUUUCUCUUUACAAUAAUUAUCAACACAAUAUCAAGCAGACAAGUAAUGAGAAAAAAGAAAAAUCUUCAUUAGGAGAUUAUUGGUUGAUCCAAUACCAAAUUCUCCAAACAAACAUCACAAGAACUAUAUGGCAGACAGUAAGGAGAAUUACUAAUGAGAUCUUGGGAGUUAAAGGAUUGAAGGAAAAUAUAAGGAGCUCCUGAUGCGAGUUCACAGUAAAAUCAAGCAAGCUGCCACAAGAUCAGCUGCAAUUGGUUUUAGUUUUAAAUCUGAUUGGCUGAGAAAGUUGACUGAGUGUUCUGAACCAAUCACAGCAAAGAGAAAUUGAAAUUUGCUCAAUGAAGCUGGAGUCAGGAACUUUUUGAUUGAACUCAUUUUGAAACCAACUCAAUUGGAGGUUGAUAAUCCUGAAAAAAAGUUGUGGAAAAUCUUUAGAUUUUGAAGAAUCCCAUCCCAUCUCUUGUGAAGGCUACCUGAGGAAAUGUGAUAUCCUAUCUUUGUUUGCAGAGUAUUUAUGAAGGUUUUUUUCCAGUAUUAUGUCAUUUAUUUAUGUUUUACUUCACUUAUCUUUUGUAUUGUAUCCCUUUAGAAGUUUUGUGAUCAGAAAAUUGGUAACCAUUAAACAGAUUCAAUACUCUUUUAAAGGUGCUGCAAAAACCCUCAAAGCAUGAUGAGUGUAUGGAGGAAAUUAAGAAACUACUGACACAGAAAUUUCCAGGGCAAUCAGGUAUUUGUUUUGGUCUUGAUAACUCAAGUUUAAAUCUGGGGUUUAUAAUAAAUUUUAGCCUAAACAGCUGCUGAUGAUGUAAUUAGGUGGGGCUGUACCUGAAAAAGGAGUCGUAAGGCACAACCCAGACACAGGCCUGCUCACAGCCUUAACAGACAGCAGUGAGAGGUGUUAUAGGUGGCAGAGGAUCACCUGUAACAGGCUUUUAUCGAAACCACUGAAAUUAUAGUUGGAGUAAACUGGAAUUUGGCACAGGUAGUUUUGACCCUUUAACUCCUGUGAGUGACCAAGACAGAAUUUCUCCUUACUAUAUCUAAUAUACAAUAUCAUGCAGAUAAGUGAUGAGAAUUAAGAAAAAUAUCAAUUUUGGAAUUACUUGUUAAUCAGAUAUCAAAUUCUCCAAACUAAUAGAAUGAGAAUCAUUUGGCAGAUAGAAAGGAGAAUUACUGAUGAGAUAUUGGGAUUUAAAGGUUAAGGGAACUAGCAAUGAAGGUAGCAUGAGCUGUGGAGGUGAUGUAAUGGGAAGGGAAAAUAGUGAAGAAAAUCAUGCACUUUUCAUCUAUUUUCCUUAGUACCCUGCCUUUAGACAGCACCAUACUUUAUGAGGUUUUUCAUGACAGUCAGGGGCAAGACUGCUAUUUUGAAAUUGUUUCAAGUAUUUGGCAAAAGUCUUUAAGCAGCUGGUAUUAGAGAUGCAUUGAGGCAGAACAUAAUUUGCUUCUUCAUCCUCAGUCAUGCUUCUAUGUAUAUUGUAGUAUAACUUUUCUGGUGCUUCACCAUGAUCUGUAAACCUUUGACCACUAAGAGUUAACCAGCAUCUAACUUCUCCCUACAUUAACACCCCUGAAUCAAACAUGAAGGUCAUGAGAAUAAAUGAAAUGAUCACCAACUAAAAAAACUCUUGACCUUUUUAAGGGAAUCAAAAGAGAAAAAGUACAGAGUGUACUUAAGUUAACCCUUUAACUCCCAGAUCAAAUUUUCAAUUCUCCUUACUGUCAACCAUACGGUUCUUAUAAUGUUAGUACAGAGAAUUUAGUAUUGGAUCAACCAAUUAUCCCCAAAUUGAUAAUUUUCUUUAUUCUUGUCACUUAUCUGGUUGAUAUUGUAUUGAUAUUGUAAGGAGAAAUUUUGUUUUGGUCACUUAUGGGAGUUAAAGGGUUAAUCUUAUGGGACGCAACUGAUUUUCCUUGAUAGCUUGUUUGCUUGGAUUGUUGCACCAUCAUUGCACAGUUAUUGAUUCAAUCAUUUUGUUUUUUGAGGGUUUAUUUCAUAAGCAAAUAUUUCAGCUGUGAACCACCUUACCGCAGUGAUCUAUUUGUUGCAGUGUAAUGUAUAAGCAAAAAAAGAUCAAGAUCUGUCACAUCUGACAUUCUUUUUUAAUUUGUCGUACAUAGGUAUUGUGUAUUGUUUCUCCCGAAAGGACUCUGUAACCAUAGCCUCCAGUUUGAAGUCGCAUGGUAUAAAGGCUGCAUGUUACCAUGGUGAUCUUGACAGCCAGUCUCGUAGUCAAGUGCACAGGGCGUGGACAAGCAAUGCAAUACAAGUAGGUAUCACUAUUAUCAAAUUAUCAAUUUGUUUCUAAUAAAUUUUAAUGUUAGGAGUGUCAAUCAUUCUAAUUUCAAAUGACUAAAGGGGUAAGUUUCUAAAGAAACUGUGGUGCUACGUUGUUGGGAGAGUAUAGCAGGUAAUUUAGUGUUAACAACUGGGUUGAAAACAUAAAUUAGCCACCGUAAAGAGUAAGAAAGCUGACGUUUCGAGCGUUAGCCCUUCAUAGUACCUUUUAAUAGAUCAGAAUCCUAAUUCUCCUCUUUGCUGUUGUAAAUUUUCUUGUAAACUGGAAUCAAGAUGAACCCUCUCCAGUUUAUAAGUCUGUUGUCAUGUAUUCUCAUACUUGCAAGCGUGAUACUGUAUUGGCAAAAUGAAUUUAAUGAAAAGUUGCUUGUUAAUCACUCCUGGAAGUCAAGGUGAAACAAUACAAUGAUCCUUAGAUUUGUACAGUGAUUAUCAUAAAGGCUUAAAGUUAUUUGGAAGCCAAAUGGCUCCUAAUUGCUGAAUUUUUAUCACUGUUUCUGUAGCACAAAGUGACUACAAGUACAUUUUCUCCUACUGGAUGGUAUGAGUGUCUUUUGCAGGUUAUCCCCGUGGAGUGAUUUUCUCUCAGCCGACUAAACUAAAAGUAGUCCCUCCUUUUUGGCAAUAUCCAUCGCAGGAUUUAAAAAAACCAGAGAGAUGAAUAUUAAUCCUUUAACUCCCAAGACCCAAUUGUUAGUUCUCACUUCUAGCUGCUAUACAUUUCCUUGUGAAUUAGUUUGGAGAAUUUGCUGUUGGGUCAAGACAACAACUUCAACCUGAUAAGUUUGAGAAUUCUCAUGAACAUUUUGUUGUAUAAUGUAUGGAUUUGAUGAGGAGAAGUUACAUGUUAAUCACUUCUGGGAGUUAAAGGGUUAAUGAUCAAAGGGUUAAUGGGGAACUCUAGGCUGACAUCAUUUUUUCCUUUUCACUGAUUUUUUUUCUUGUGUACAGUGAACUUGGCUAAAAAAUGAUGACUGCUUGUAUUCUAUUCUCUUAUAGUUUGUAGGUACUCAUUCAUUCUCCUGGGUGGAGAGGUACUAAGAGAUUAAGGCGUCGACCUGCUCAAGAAAACAGCAAAAUGGCCUGGCCAGGCUUUGAAAGCAGACCUCUCUAUUGAAAGUCUCACAUGCCAUCCACCAUAUUUAGGAGGGACAAUGAAUUUUUUAUAUUAUCUUAAGAGAAAGAAUUGCAUCAAGUGAUGUUGUUGUUUUAUUUGCUCAGGUUGUGGUAGCUACAGUAGCCUUUGGAAUGGGAAUUGAUAAGCCUGAUGUCCGCUUUGUUAUACAUCACUCCCUUAGCAAAUCCAUGGAGAACUUUUAUCAAGAGAGUGGACGGGCAGGGCGGGAUGACAGAGAGUCUCACUGUAUAUUGUUCUAUCGUCCCUUUGACAUGUUUCAACAAAGCACAAUGGUCUUCACAGAGCAAACAGGCAAGUUUGUGACUCAUUAUAAAUCAGUUAAUUUAGAUCAUGGGUGAUCACUUUGGUUGUUGGGAGCUUGUCGUUACUUGCAAUUAAGGAUUUGAAAUCAAGGAGAGAAGCAAGGAGAGAGAAACAGAAAAGGGAGAAGGAUGUGCCAAAAUUUUUAAGGUGUGAAGAUGGUCAUAGGAUCGCAAAAAGGAAAGAAUGACUUACAAGUGACGAACGCAGAAAAUUUACAGCUCAUCUUUGUGCUCCUGUCGGAAUUUUGCUGAUUCUCUUGAUUUCAAUCGUUCAAACUACGAUUUUCUUUUCCUUACCAUGAUUUUCGAAAGCUUUAUUCAAAGCCAGAUGUCUUCGAUAACUUAGUACAUUAAUUUUAUUUCAAUGACCAAGUACUGUAAAAAAAGUUUGCGCCAACUGGAAUUUAGUUUAGCAAUCUUUUCUAAAUCUGUCUGGUUGGUUUAAAAUAAUUAAAAAGGAAAGCAACACACGACACUACGCUAUUUCCUUUACACAGGUUUGGAGAAUCUCUAUGGAAUGUUGGCCUACUGUCAAGAACAAAAAGUUUGCAGGCGCUCUCUUAUUGGACGUCAUUUCGGCGAGUCCUGGAACCCAGUUGAUUGUCACGAAAUGUGCGACAACUGCAAGAAGACUGGGGACCAAACAGACGGUAAAAGAACUUGAUUACGUCAAGAUACGUUUCGUUGACUCAUUUUAACGUCAGCUAACUAGAACAAAGGAAAAUAUCAAAAGUAGCCAAUGAGAACUCAGAGUAAAACCAAAAAGCUACGUAAAAGGCGAGAAAACGCGACUGGCCAAGUCUGUAUCGGCUUCGAUUUUAAAUGAUUGGUAGAAUUUAAAUCUGGUUUUUAUAGACCAAUCACAAAGCUAGACUAAUAACAAAGCGAAGUAAUGCGAAAGGAAAGCAAUCCCGGAUUAAUUUUGAUACUCAAUUGGAAAUUGCUCCAUGAGAGGAGAGUUUUCGUGGACAAAAACAGGAGCGCGGUUGACUAAGAGCGUUUUACGUCUUGAAAACGUUGCUUUUAAGAUGUUCGUAGUUGUUACCAUCUGUGACGACGAACAGUUUUACCUCAGUGUCAGUUUCCUGUAGUUUGUUGUAAACAGCUGCAGCGUUACUGCUGCACGUCAUUGUUCCACAGACUCUUUUUUGCGCGAUGAAACGCAGCUUCUGAAAAAACUCUCUUUUUCUGUCCAGGUUCAUCUUCAAUUGAAGCCCGCGACAUCACAAACCACUGUCAAGAUAUCCUCAAAAUUCUCCAGCAAGCAGUCUCUCUUUCGGAACGAGUCACUCCUGUGAAACUCGUAGACGCUUGGAACGGGAAAGGACAGGCAAGUCUGCGCGUGCGUGAAGUCAAGGCCCCAGAUCUUUCGCGGGAAGACUGUGAACGAGUGAUAAUUCAUUUGCUGCUGGAGGGUGUGCUGCGAGAAGACUUUCAUUUCACUCCAUAUUCAACUAUUAGCUACGUGCUACCUGGGUCCAAGGCGAGAGUCGUACAAUCAGGAACCAAACGGAUAUUCAUGAACUUCAGGACGAAUUCCCGUCAGAAAAAGGUUAGUGGAUAUCUUGUUAAAAUCGAUGGAAAAAUACGACAAUUUUUAGUUUGUAUUGAAAUGUUUCCCUUUUCCAAAACUGGCGUGACUGUUCUUGAAGGAGGAGACUCGGUAAGGGUAAAGUGGUCUCCUUAGCAGUCGCUCUUUGAGAUGUCACGCAACGUUUCGCUAAAAGACUACGAGCAGUCCAUCGCGCGAUUGAAACAAACAUCAAUAAAAAAUUGAUUUAACGCGACGGACUUGACCAAAAGGCAGGGAUUACACGUAGUCUAUUUCGCUGAGAGGUAUCCUAAAAAACGGCUCCGAAGCUUAAGGAGACUGAGGAAGAUUCUGUUAAGAAAAAAUGUUUGGUGAAAUUAACUCACUAGACAGAAAGAUUUGGCGAGGAAUUUUUAAAGCGAUUGGUGUAUCUAAUCGCAAGGAAGGUCCCACCGGACGAAUAAACAGUGUUCUAACGUAACAGACAUUUUCAAACUUUAUAUAAAUCGUCCAGUGCGUCACUUCUGCAACACGAUUAUGAUGGUAAGAAGCGCGCAAUCUUGUUACUCUUGGAACACUUAGCCUGAAUCCGGGUUGGAAACAAUGACAAAUGAAUACAGCAACAAGUUUACAUUUUACUUUUUCUUUCUUCCUGGAACUCACAGAUUAAAAAGAAGACGCGCAAACGUGCUCUGAAUUCCUCAAAUCUGGAUGGAAGAAAUGGAACAGUUAGUAAGAAAAACGCCACUGAUCCUAACGUUAAGAGCUUCACAAAGACAACCCACAACUCUUCGGACAUCGCAGAUUACUGCAAUGGUGAUGACUUUGUUAGUAGUAUUAAACGCGCAAAGCUUUCCACACGAGCUAGCCUGGUUGAGUCGGAUGACGAUGAUGAAAUAAUUUGUCUGGAUUAA